AUGCAGACAACGACCAUACGAAUAUCUCGGGCAGGAAUACACACCAACGUCGACACCGCCUCAUGGCCCUUCAUCUACCUCCACCGACCGCACAAACACUCCUUCAAAAACCAAGCCCCAUAUCUCUUUGCUCCGCCUCCGAUCGCUCCACCUCCUUCAAGCGAGAUCUUAAUUAAUGCCAUCCAGCCAGGUUCAGGAGGCCACCUCAUGUCCUCAAUCGCCCUCAACGAAGGGCCCAGAGAAGACGAGGAAGCCGAAGAGAAGUCAGAGGAGAAGCAUCUGAGCGAGGGUCCGCCGUCCUUCCGCGACGCUGUCGAUUCUCGUGUCAACACCGGUACGGUGGCGGGGCUGCGGUCAUCAGAAGAUGCACCUGGACUUGAGAACGUGGAAGGAGGACCGGAUGACGAUCUUAGGGAUAAUUUAAGUUUCCUAUCCGAUGAGUCUGAGCAGGAAGAAAAGGAGUCGGGCAGGCUAUUGUGGAAGACGAGCAACACAACACCGCAGAAGCCUGUUUCUCAACUACUGUCGACGCCAUCCUUCGCCAAUUUCAAGAAAAACGCUCUGCCUAGUGUCAAUGGUUCGCCUCUGAAGAAACUUCCGGCACCUGCAGACGACGUAGACGACGAUAUGCCCGUUUACAGCUGUCUCGGACACCCGACACUUUUGAAUCAGCCUGUUAAACAUCGCUGUGAUGGAAAAGAAGACACACCGGCCAGCAACACAGUAUACGCCUCAGGAAUCGUCACAUCCUCACAGCAGAAGAUUCAAGAGCUUGAGGUAUACCUGUUCCUGAAAGAAUGUCCGGAGAGGAGAGUCGGGCGAACCGACGAAGACGCGAUGAACUCGACCGAGUGGGUGAAGGCGCUCAUUCUGAAGUUCCAUGCCCAAGAAGCAGGCGGCUUGCGAGUCGCUAUGGAGGACCCAUCCACCGUGUUGGUAUUGCAUCAAGGGAUGUGA